AUCCAGAGCGCGGUCUAAUGAGAACGUAGAACCAAUCAGCGGCAGCGUUGUUUUUGCGGCUCCACGUCGGCACCAACUGCGGGGCAAGAUGGAGGCGCUGAUUUUGGAACCCUCCCUGUAUACUGUCAAAGCCAUCCUGAUUCUGGACAAUGAUGGAGAUCGACUUUUUGCCAAGUACUAUGACGACACCUACCCCAGUGUAAAGGAGCAAAAGGCCUUUGAGAAGAACAUUUUCAACAAGACCCAUCGGACCGACAGUGAAAUUGCCCUUUUGGAAGGCCUAACGGUAGUAUACAAAAGCAGUAUCGAUCUCUAUUUCUAUGUGAUUGGCAGCUCCUAUGAAAAUGAGCUGAUGCUCAUGGCUGUUUUGAACUGCCUCUUUGACUCAUUGAGCCAGAUGCUGAGGAAAAAUGUAGAAAAGCGAGCGCUGCUGGAGAACAUGGAGGGGCUCUUCCUGGCUGUGGAUGAAAUCGUAGAUGGAGGGGUGAUCCUUGAGAGCGAUCCCCAGCAAGUGGUACACCGGGUGGCAUUAAGGGGUGAAGAUGUUCCCCUUACGGAGCAGACCGUGUCUCAGGUGCUGCAGUCAGCCAAAGAACAGAUCAAGUGGUCACUCCUUCGGUGAAGACCCCACUGUUCCUGGCUCUUCAUCCCCUGAAAAAAUCCACAUCUGCUGUGAUUUCUCAUCCAGUCCCCCAACUGAUGCUCUCAGGGUCAUCUCGGGGAUCAUAAGGGAUCCUUACAUCUCCAUCCUGUCUGUGUUUGUCCCCCCAGACCCGUAGGUGCUUCCCAUUCCUUCUCAGCUUUUUGAAGUUCUGGGAGUAAAGCUUCUAGCAGAUUUGGAUGCAGGGCAGGGGAAGCACUUCUUCCUUUCUAGACCUGGAUUAUGUUCCCUUCUCCUAUCUUGCAUAUUUUCUUCUUAACUUCUGUGCCCUUUGCUGCAGCUACACUUAAAAUCAAAGCAGGAGAAAGAAUGUGCUGAGUAUUUUUCUCCCCUUACCUUUACAGGGCCCUCACCCCACUAGUUCAUAUGUGCAGCAAGGGGAGGGCAAGAGAGAAUUCUUUCCUGUAGAAUGCAUGGGGGUGGUGGUGAGGAGAGGUAUAUCUAGUCUUCAGCCACAGCCCCACUUACUGGCCUCAGUAUUUUCUCCCUCCUCAGUGCCCCGUCCUUCAGCCUUGGAAAAAAGAUUGGAACAGCUCAUAGGCAGGGGACAGAGUGGAAGAAGCAGUAAUUUAAACUUUAUUGGAUAGGGCUUAUAAAAUUCUGUAUUUCAGUCACAGCUGCAUUCUUUACCCUGAUUCUGGAUUAUAGCUUCAAAAGUGCUGUGGUCUGUGAGUGGUCAUGGUGGCAACGUACAUCUCUUGGUCUGAUACCUAAACUCUACCUUCACAGCCCUGGGAUCUUUGCCCAACUUGUCCUCCCUGUGCCCUGGAGGAAAGCCAGUCCCUGAACUAAAACUCCAUUCUAAGUCUUAGAAAGAAGAGUUUCUGCUCAGAACUAGGGAGGGGGUGGAAUUUAUGACUUGGGCUUCUGGGCCCUCUCAGUCCUUUUGCUCCCCCCACAAGCUUUUCACUUCUUUGCUUUGGAUCUGUAAUCUCUGCCGCUUAACCCUAUCCUUUCUUUGUCUCCAUCCAGGCAGUAGGUCUAGGCUCUUCCCCUCCCUAGGUCGCUGAGAGAGGUGCCUUUCUUCACAAAACCUUCGGGAUCUGGAUUUCCCCAGGAAGAAGGAGGAUGGAAUGCCUACUCUUGGGUCUAAUCUUUCCCCUUGACCCAAACACUUUCCACAAAAAUGUCUCAAAAAACCUUCCUGAAACUUCUGCCCCACCUACUAAUGGCCAGUUCUCCAUGACUGAAGUAGGGCGCAUAACUGCGCAUAUCUGAGGGGGCAUUUUUGUGUAAGAGAUGAAUGGAGUCAGGAAAUAGCCUCCUUCAUAUACUUGCUCUGUGCAAAGAGGAAUAAAAGAUUUCUUUUUCCAAA